UUUUUUUUUUUUUUUUUGAAAAUUAACAACAUAUCAUUUCACAGUGGUACGUACCGCAUUUUGUCAAUUAUUACAUGAGAUUUCACUAAUUGUUUGAUUCUUUGAUGUUCGAUGCCACAUUGUUCGAUGAAUUUCUUUUUUCGUUCGGUGUUUGAAUUUCUACUUUUGAACUGUGUUAGGGCUACACGGUUAUUUUUGGCCUCUGUACUGUAAUUUUGUUCCGGAUUUCAGAUUUACGUUUCAAACGUUCAGUAAGACAUUUCAUUCGUCAAUCCGUAUCCGAUUAUACAUUAAAUUUUAGGUUAAACGGAAUAAGCUAUUAGAUGUUAUUAACUUUAACUAAAUAUUACGCAUAGUUUUGAAGAUACUUCCGACACAGACUUUUGCAAUAAUCUAUCGUUGAAUACGCAAUUUUUGAAACUUUGUAAUGUAAUACAUUCAGUAUGAAAUUAAACCACUAUCUAAAUAUUGAGGAUACUGUAGAAGGAUUAGUAAUAAUUACUAUGCGAGGAGUAUCCAUUAUAUUGACCUUGAAAUUGUUGUGUACUUUGUCAGCAAUACAUACGGUAAAGGAAGAGUCGUUUUCAUUUUACCAGUAGUUUGACUUUUAAAUUAUAUUGUUUGAAAUUAAAAAAAAGUGAAGUUAUCGCAAUAAAAUUUCAGAUCACAAAAGUGAACAAGUAUGAAAGAUUAAACAUGUCUCAUGGCUGGAGGCAGGGGCAACAACAAGCAAAGUGGAAAUUUAGACAGAAUACAUCAAUGGCUCUGUUGCCAUCAACUUUAUGCUUCUGUCAAGCCUGAACCUCCUUUCAGUGAAACGUUUAAAAAACACCAGCGUAUAGAAAAGAGCCGGAUUGUUAUAAAAAGUCUGAAUGAUCUGCAAGAUAAUAUUUCAAGCAUAUUUACGGACUCUUUGUAUUGUGAUCUUAACAUAGUACAUGGACAUAAUAUAAUACGAACAAACCAAUGUAUUGUUAAAACAAGAGCUCCACAUUUUUAUAAGGUUCUCAAGCCUUAUUUUGUAUACAUUAAGAAUCAUAUUGAUUGCAUCAUUGAUAAACUGGAAAUUUUUCAUCAUAUAGAAGGCUUUGUGAGGCAUUUAUACAGCAAUUCAAACUUGUCAAAAGAAGAAAAAUUGUUGGUAGAACAUAUAUUGAGUACUUAUACCUCAAAUCUUGUGAAUGCAUCUUCUGAUAAUAAAGUAUUAGACGUCGAUAAAAGAUAUGUGGAUUAUACAACACCAGACUGUCAUUCAAAGAAUAUUGAAAGUAUAAGAAAUGUAAGAGAAUAUGCUACUGUGGAUAUAAGUCCCACUGUAUCCGAUAUGGCUGAUUCUGGAUUAGAAACUGGUUCUGUGAGUCCACACGAAAAUACUACAUCUGAGAAUUCGAGUACUGAUUUUGAGGAAUUACAAGUCACCGAAUAUGCUUCUGGAAAUGAUGAUCUGGAUAAAGUACGCACUAGGCGCGUACACAACAAAGAUCAAAAAGUAGUUUUAAAAAAUGAACGUUGUAAUUUGACUAAUAAUUAUACGAGCACAUGCCAUAUGAAGAACCUGGUAGACUCAGGAUUAAUGGAAUGUGGUUCAAAUGAUAAUAGCGCAACAAGUUGUUCUUUUGAUGCAGAACAACCACAAUUAGAUUCAUCUAGUUCAUCUACGGAUAACGUUCAGAAAGCAAAGUCACAUACAGACGAAAUUUUUCAAUAUGAAAACCAAGUACUUAGCGAUCCGUUUUACGAGUCAGACUGUGCAAGUGAUGAAAAUGAAUCGUUUGAAUUUAUUAAUGUUGGCAAUGCGUCUUCUGUAAAUACCGAACAGAGUUGCAUAAAGGAAGAAUCUACAGAAAAAUUGGAAGACGAGAAGAUGUGUCAUUCCAGUUAUUCACAAGCUGAAAACGCAUCAUCGGACGAUGCAAAUCAUGAAGUAUCACACGACACACUCAAUCAAAAAAGUUCCUGUAAUACAAGUAAUUAUUAUUUUAUCGAUGCAUCGACCCUCAAUGAUGAAAUAGAAGUUCCAACCUCCAACGUAGUAAAAAGUAGAUUCGAUGAAAAAUCGCAUCCAUGUGUUCCAUCCUAUUCUUCUAAAUAUGUUGCAAGUACAUCUAAUGAUCUCACCGACGAACAAUAUUACAAAUUUACACCUCUUAAAACAAGCAACUUGCAAACAGGACAUGAGCGAAUAGCGGAAUUCGAAAAAGAGUUGAAACUUACAGAAUACUUGGAACCGCUUACUGAUACACGAAGAACAAAGAGAACUGAUUCUCUGUCUGAAGAUAAAAUAAAGGUUGAAACAAACAAAGAAUCUCUAGCCGUAGAAAUUAAGGAAGCAGACAGUGGCGAAAGCGCGCAUCCCUCCCCUUGCCCUGACAAUAAUAAAAACAUAAAUAACGAUCGGCACGUUAUACCACGAAUAGGCAAUGAUAACGACAAUGCAAACGUGGCAAUAAACGAUAAAAAAGAAGCAGUUAAAGAGAGAAACGAUAAAGAUACAAAUGUAGCGGAUGAUACACGACGACCUUCUCUUAUCAGGAGGAAUACGUUUGAGCUGGACUCAAAUGACGAAAAGCUUUCAGUUUUACGGCAAGAAUACGAACGACGACAAGGUAACCUGGUAUUUCAGAAUGCUAUACCUCAGUAUUCAGGGCAUCGUGUCGAUGGCGAUUCAUGUUUUAAUCCACCGGACGAACCUUCAAUUCCGAUAACUAACGUAUUAAAUAAGUUUCCAAUUGAUGUUCAAAUUCCAACUAGCAGUCAGUAUCAUACGAUGCCAUAUGUUUCAUUAGACAAUGCAAACUAUGAAAACAAUCAGACACCACCGGAGAAUAAUAAUUCUCAAAGUAAAACCAGUAUAAUCUAUCCGGUAACGAAAAGUGCUAGUGACGAGGUUGUCACGAGUUAUCAUUUUGAAUUGGACAACGAGUCGAGUAAUUGUAGCAACAGUUUACCUGUUACAUUAAGUUGCAUCUUAGAGAAGGACGGUAGAACGGAUACAAUAAAGAAAACUAAGUGUGACGAAACUAUGCCUAUAAUUUCCGGCGGUGUUAGCACCUCGGACUAUUCGAAACCUACUGAUAGUCCCACCGUGCGCCGAAAAACUGAAUCGACGCCAAUCGUUUCUGGUGGUUCUGUUAUUAUGAACGAACCGGAAGUGAAGGCGAGACCUACGAGAAUGUCUUCGUCUAUGACUGCAUGGGUAGUUGACAUGAGCGACUGCAACAAAAGCGAGCAACUCUGCAAAUCGUCGAGCAACUUUCAUGCAGGAAUGUCUCAAAGUUUUUCAAAUACGGAAUGCACGAAGAAACCAGCGAGGAAGGCGAAUGGCCACGAGAAGCAUGGUAGUCUAGGAUUCUUUGUUAACUUGAAAGAUAUGGAUUGUAAACCUGUUUCUCAACAACAGAAUUACUCGAUAGAUAAGAAGGAACAAAAUGGAUGUAGUAAAUCUUAUUGCGAGUUUUACGUCGACAUGUCCGGUACAAGUAACGCGUCAAAAAAUAAAAAGACAGAGGUGGACGAAUCUGUUGCUGUUAAAUCUGAGAAGUUUAGUGAGGCCAACGAUAAGAAAAAUAUUUUCUCCAUGUUCAUUGAUUUAAGCGAUUCGCCUAAGAGCAGAGAAAACAUUGUACCACCUUCACACAGGAGGAGUUUCUCCGCAUUCUCUGACAAACAAAUAGAAACGAAGUCGGAUGAUACUAAUUCUAGCGAGAAUAGUAUCACGACAAGGGAUGAUCAGCCAUCGAGUGAGCAGAAAUGCGUCAAAGAAAAGACCAAACCGAGCGUCUUUAUGUAUAUAGAAUCUGAUUCACCGGUGGUAAGAAGAAGAACUUUGUCUUCAUCGCGGCCAGCGUUUAAGCGACAUUCUUGGAACGUUGAUAAAACGCAGAGCGUUAGCAACAAUGGGCACGUCGCGAAAGAAUUAAUGUUUAGAAAAGAGCACAAACGUGCACACAGUCUGUCCGUAGAUCGGGGAGACUUAAAGAAGCUACGAGCAAAGCCUAGUUCUUCGAGUCACUCUUUAAGUGAGACAACAAAACCCGAAUCUAUUGCUCAGAAAAAUGCGAAACUUCUUCAAGAAGGUAACAACGGGCCAAGUAACAUGGACACGUCUUCAGAAGAUGUUUUUGAGUUUGAUGUGAGAGACACACCUCCGAACUCUCAUGUUGAAGUGAUCAACGAAGAACUACGCGUGAGUAUAAAAGAACACGAAUACACAGAAUUGAAGGCUGAAAGGAUUACGGAAAAUCUCAAUGCCAGUGAUAUUAAAACGUACGACGAUGAAUAUUCAGAGACUUCAGCGUGGGAGAAAACCUGUACAGAGAGUACCGAGGGUCAGACGCGCAAAAGCGAGACGUUUGACAUCAGUAGCGGUAGUGGUCCAUCUCCUGAGAGCGAUAACCACGAUUAUGAAUUAUCCGAACUGUUGAAUGGGGAAGUGCCAAAUAUGAGCCGACCACAAGUGGUUCCUGCUGUAGGUAGCAAAAUAUCAGAAACGCAUAAGUCUUUGAACGAAACGAUCAAGAAAAUUGAAAGCGAACUGGAGAGUUCAGAUUAUGCAAAGUCGAAAACAACAUACGACAAUCACAAUGUAACAUGCAAAAAGAAUGAAAGAAUCGCAGCACACAGUACGAAAACUACAACUACUUCCAACUUCGUUCGAUUGUCUGACUUGGAUAAAACACCCGUGGUUUCUCAUUCUUCGGACAUGUUGACUGUAAAAGAAGAUAAAAACACCUAUCGUAUGUGUAAUAGUAUACCAGAAACUUCCUGGAUUGAGAGCAAGCUAGUAAUGUCUAGAACUAACGGAUCCGUUAGACCACUUCCUAGAAAAUUCUCUUCGAUCAUGAGUACUUCACUCCCAUCUAAACAGAAAUCUCCCCUUGAAGAUCUAACAGGAGAAUAUGAUGGAGAAGGAAUUAUAUCAGAAUCUGAUCUAAGCAGUAUGCAGAGUAGCAUGGGUCGUUCUGGUGCUGAAGGAAGCACAGAGGAAACUGAAACAUCUAGCUUGGCGGGAAGUAGACCGUACAAUAGAUUGGGAGAAGAUUUGUUAAGAAUGUUUUUAGAAGAAAUCAAUCCAGAUGUUACAAUCGACGUAGCUGGACGUCGUAUAAGGGCUCACAAAUGUAUAUUGAGUUCUAGAUGUCAAUAUUUUGCAGCGAUUCUCAGUGGUGGAUGGAUUGAGAGCGUAGGAAAUGUCAUUUCUCUGCAAGGAUAUUCUUAUGAUGCGGUGCAUUUUGCACUGCGUCACAUAUACAGUGGAGAAAGUAACAUACCAGAUUCUAUAAGUAUUGUUGAAUUAGCUACGUUAGCUGAUAUGCUGUGCUUGGAAGGUCUUAAAGAGAUUAUUGGAUAUACGCUUAAAGUUAAAUAUUGUCAUCUAUUUCAUAAGCCUUGUCAAAUAUGUGCCGUUGGUGUAUUGGAAUGUAUGCCCUUGGCAGCAGCCUAUGGUCUCGACGAAGUGUAUCGAAAAUCUCUUCGUUGGGUUACGAGACAUUUCGUGCGAAUAUGGCCAUGUAAAGCGUUUGCGACACUUCCCAAAGAGCUAAUGGCAAAAUGUUACCAUCAACAUAUUGUACAUAUGUCGACGGACAACGUUCUCCAAACUAUGAUGGAUUGUGAUAAGCUUCUUGCAACUUUGCCAAAUGUUCGUUGGGCUGAACCAGUGUUUAGAAUGGUUUCAAACUUGUUAGAGACAUCGGUGAAGUUUCUAUCGGAUAAUUUCUCAGGAGUUUUGGGAAAUGAGAACUUCCAAUCCCUUGGUCGAGAAUUGACAUGGAACAUCAGUCGAUUGGAGGAUAAUUUCUUAGCAGCUGCCGAACGUUUACCCCCCGAGCAAGCGUGUAAAAGUUAUUCGAAGUUGCAUAAAAUGUUAACCUCGGCACAACAAGAUGAAGCUCAGGAUAAAAUUAAAUGGGGGCCUUUGUUUGUUGAUUUUUUGAAAAAAAUUCAAAGUCGGGUAGAAAAAUGCUUGGUUAGAGAUGCAGCACGAGCUGCUAGGACUACUACAUGGUUGAAAAUGGACUUGGAACUUCGGCGUAGAAUUCAAGAGUUGGCCUGUCUUGUAAUUUUACCUCAUGAAACAGUGAAACGUCAGUCAAGGCACUCUAACUUUAUUAAAGAACCUAGGCCAGCAUCAAGUCGCUCGAUGAUCACUAACAGAAGUUUGGAUUUGAAGCGCGUAAAAAUGGCUAUAUCUGAACAUAAUCAUAAAACUCUAAAACAAAUGGCACCAAAGAAAGUUUUUAACAAACCAAAAAGCGAUCCAUUAGAACGUAAAAUGCAGAACGAUAAACAAACCACUACAGAUACAACAAGUAGUAGGCCAAAAUCAUGGCCUAAUAAAUUAGAGGUAAAAUCGAGAUAUUUGGAACCUCGGAACAAAUCUGUUCCGAAAGAAACUACGCAAUCAGUAAAUCAAGAAAAAGGCGUGGUACUGCAACGACGAAAAAUAAUGAUUUCAUCUUCAGAUUCAUCUCGCACAUCCAGUCCGGCAAUGAAACGGGCCACCGAUAAAAAACCAUUGGCCAAGAUAAAGUUACCUAUAAAGAAAGAUGUAAAAGCACUUUCUUCGGACAGUUUAACAGAAUCGAAUGCCAGCAGAACGAAUACAAAAACCGAUUCGAUCAGUAAAAGUUGCGGUAUCACGCGUCCGGAAUCUCCGUCUUUCAAACAAAAAAGUACGGAGAUAGGCUUAUCUGUAGAUUCUUUGGCAGAAUCGAAGAACAAGCCAACAACUGUAAAGAAGAAGAUUACUAAAAUGGAUACUUCGAUGUCCACGGAUAGUCUUAUGACUGAAGUAACAACAACGCCCAAAUCAAACACAUCAAAUAAACUUUCACCGACUUUAGGGAAAACAAUAAAUAAAACACAAUCUUAUGAUAAAGGAGCAAAGAAGAAUUCACCACCGAUGCAGCAAAGAAGUCCACUUACAGCGACAAGAAGACCACGGAGAUCGUUAGAAAAUUCGACUGCAGCUAGUAGAAGCCGAGCAGCUGCUAUUAGCGCUUACCAUUUACGAAGAAAUCUUCUAGAUGCUGCGAAAACACCAGAUAUCCCAAGUAAGUCGUUAAAUAAUGUAUCGGGUAAAUCGGUAAAUAUGCGACCGAUUACACAAUCGACAGUUAAUCAUCCUAAUGUAAUAAGAGAAAAGAAAGAAGGAAUGUCAACUCAACAAGGCUCCGAGAGCCCUAGCAAAAGAUCUUCCCCCAAAUCAUGUGGCACUAAUAAGAUAAAUAAACCUACGGUCACUAAUAAAAGGACAUCUACUACAAAGACCACUUCUGAUGAGAAAAUUAAAAAUAAGUGCCAUAAUGGGGAAGUUCCAAAACAACUGACAGUAGGUUCUAGAUCGGGAACGUUUUUAAAGGAUGAACCUACGAUUCUUAAAAAGGCAGACAUUAAAUCUUCUCAAAUUAACACUUAAAUCCAUGAAUUGGUUGCUAUGUAAGUUUUUGUACGUACAUAGCACCGUUAGUUUAAUGACUAUACAUAUAAAACUAUCGUCUUUAACCGCAAACGUGAUAACUUCAACCGCGAUAAUCAUAUUAUGUGUAAAAAAAAACGAAGUAUAAAUAAUUUUAAUUUAAAGCAAGUUGCAGUUGACAUUAAUUAUCAAAGGAAAUAUAUUUAAAAUGCAUUUAUUAGGUAUAUAGAAAGUGCUAUGAUUUUGUUGUAAUGUUGAAGAAAUGAGAUAUAGCACUUUAUGCAAGUUAAAAAUUAUUAUAUUUCAUUUUUUUUUUCGAUUAUCUUGAUCUCUGACAGUGUGGAAAUAUGAGUUUUGAAGAGAUUUUGAGUGUCUUUCAAAUUCAAUUAAAAUAUUACGUAAUUAGAAGAUAUCAGAAAAAAAUAUCACUUUCAAUCAUAAAUGCAGCUAGCUUAAUAUCCCACCCAAUUUUCAACCAAUGUAUGCAUUAAUAUAUCAUAGUAUUACAGACUGCAUAUUCAUAGAAUGUAGAUGUAUCAUGGCCAGUUAUAUGGUAUUUUUAGACAGACCUUUCUUUCUUCCACAUUAAAAAGCCAUAUUAUCCAAAAUUGUUUCGUAGAAAUAUUUACUAAUUUUACUAGUUGCAAUAUAUAAGUAAUUGUAAAGUAAUUAUUUCUUACCAUUUAAUGUUGCCAUCUUACAAACUAAUUCUUAUUGUAAGUAGAACUCCGUUUACCCUCCAAUCCUUAAUAAUGAAUUAUACGUAGUUAUUGUAUUUAUUUAUUAAAUUUAUAUCUCUAUUUUGCAAUGUACAUUUCUAUGCAAUCUUUGUAUCUAGUCAUUUAUAUAUUUUAAAUAUUUACUUUUAUGUAAUGUUAAUAAAUAACUUGAUAUAAUG